AAACAACAUAUUAACCAAUUGCCUGCUGCCAACAUGGAAUAACAACACAGGACAGCAGCUCAGGCCUUUAUUUUUUAACACAGCGACUUCAUAUACCAUAUUAUAAUCGAGUUCGAUGUAUAUAAUAAUCUUUACUGGAAAGUUAUUGAAUGUUUUCCAAUGUACGAGUGAGUGAGCGCUAAAGCUAAGCUAAGCUAACAGCAGUAAAACAGUAAAAACGGUCCAGCAUGUACACUUUAUUAUCAGGUCUCUAUAAAUAUGUCUUUCAAAAGGAUGAAUAUUGUGUCCUUAUCCUUGGGCUGGACAAUGCGGGGAAAACGACCUUUCUGGAGCAGACCAAGACAAAGUUCAGCAAAAAUUACAAAGGAAUGAAUCUGUCAAAGAUCACGACUACAGUCGGCCUGAACAUUGGUACCAUUGAUGUUGGAAAUGCUCGACUGAUGUUUUGGGAUCUUGGAGGACAGGAGGAAUUACAGUCACUGUGGGAUAAAUAUUACGCAGAAUCUCACGGUGUGAUUUAUGUCAUCGACUCCACUGAUGAAAGACGACUGGGCGAGUCAAAGAUCGCUUUUGAGAAAAUGAUCAGCAGUGAGGCUCUUGAAGGAGUUCCUUUACUUGUGCUGGCAAACAAACAAGACGUAGAGAACUGUCUUUCUGUUCCUGACAUUAAAACGACGUUCAGCGACUGUGCUCCUAAAAUCGGUAAACGUGACUGUUUGGUUCAGCCGUGCUGUGCUUUAUCAGGGGAAGGAGUGAACGAGGGCAUUGAAUGGAUGGUCAAAUGUGUGAUCAGGAACAUUCAUCGCCCGCCUAGACAAAAAGACAUUACAUAGAUCUGUGUGUGCGUGUGUGUGUGUGUGCGUGCAUGUGUGUGUUUGUCCAGUCAGAUACUUUACAGAUAAAGUUGAUUUAUUAUCACCUUACCACCUCAGUUAUUUGUCUUUGUAUGUGAGAGUGAAACCAGAGACGACAUUAUGUGUGAUAUUUGUGAAAUGUCAUGAUAUUUAUAUGCUAAACUGACAUCAUUGCGAAUAUUUUCUCUGCUAAAACAUUCUUUUUUUCACCUCUUUUUGAUUGAAUGAUUAAUUUUGUGUAUUAAAUAUAAUGACAAACUGCUUUGAUUUUGCACAGUCAAAUAAAUGAGUUUUAUUCAAACUAAGACA